AGCGUCAUGGCUGCCGUCAUCUCUCCUCAGGAUCCCUCCACCUCUUCGCCAACCUCAAACCCCGCCGUUGCUCUGCCACCGCUCGUGACCUCACCGCCCUCGCGGCCAUCCACCAACUCGAGGCCCCCUUCCUACGCCAAUCAUCGCUUCUCCACCAUGUCGCAAACUUCGGCUCCCUUCCGCUCGCGCCCCCAGUCCACCGUCUUCCCCGUCUUCCAUUCGAGCCUCAGCUAUACUCUCGUUAGAGACUUUGCCUACCCUCCGUUUAGCCCGCUGUUCUACGGGCCGUUACCGGAGCAGCGCUCGGGGACGUCGACUCCGGCCAGUGAGGUUCCUGCCAGGCGUUUGUCCGACCCUCCGAUCCCUUGGGAUGGUUCGCGCCUGGGCUGGUCGACUGGACCCUGGGGGACCGGAGGCGAACAACUACCCUCGACCAGCUUUGGCGACGGUCCGCCAUGGAGCGAGGAUGAAGACUUACACAGCCCAGUGGUGACGAGUGCUAGACACAAGAAGAACAAGUCCGAUUUUGAUGGCAAACAUAGCAGGGGUAUCGACAGAGGCUACGGUCCAAGGAGAGCCUCGUACACUGGCACGAAUGGCGAUGGCAGUCAAACGUAUUACGUGAGCAACUUCGACGAGGCAGCCAAUGGGCCGGGCGGCGAAUACAUCACAUAUCCGGCUGAUGAUGGCGGGGCUGGCAACGAUACAUCGCUCUCGGUUCCAUCAUCCCAGGACGAGCGGCGUCGGGACUCGCACUUUGCGAAUGCGUUGCCGAGUCGGAGCUACACCGAUCAGGAUGGCUUCACUUACGGAUCCGAAGACGACAUUUCAGAAACCUCAUCGCAAGGCGGUUACGACGCUGAUGAAAGCCGAUACUCGCGGGAUUACCAAUUCACUAUAGCGUCCCCGGAUGAGGAGAUGCAUGGAAAGGCCGUUGCGUUGUUUGACUUUGCGCGCGAAAACGACAAUGAGCUACCGUUGACCGAGGGCCAAGUCAUACUUGUCAGCUAUCGCCAUGGUCAAGGCUGGCUCGUCGCACAAGACCCACGCACGGGGGAGUCUGGCCUUGUGCCCGAGGAGUAUGUGCGUCUUUUGCGAGACAUUGAGGGUGGCUGGAAUGGCCUGAUGAACGGCGCCCAAUUUGGCAACGAUAUGACCCCCGGAGACGAUCUCGUCGAGAGCAACGUCAACGCCAACAACCUCACGAGUCCCAUUAGCGAGGCGCGUACGCCCACGCAACAUCACCGCGACUACUACACGCCUGUUGUCAGCACGUUUUCGACCAGUUCCAAAGACUUGCAGAAAUACCCGCAGCACCUGUUGGGCAGCCAAGCGAGCACGCCAGUGGGGGACGGAUCGUUCCCUAGGCGGGGGAGCAAGGCGUCUUUCGGCAGCCCGAAGAAAGAGGCGGGCGAGGAAAAGCAAGGGGAGGAGGGCAAGGAAGGGGCCGGGAAGCAGGAUCCCGACGCGGCCGAGGGCGGCUAA